CGUCAACAACAGCAAGAAUUCUAAGCUUCUUAGUUCGUGUUCUUUCAUCAAGGAUGAUAUCAAGAAGUGCCAGGGGCUCGGCAAGAAGGUGUUGCUUUCUAUUGGGGGAAUAUACUCUUCCUCGAGCAACUAUACCCUCUCCUCUGUACAGGCUGGUAUCGAUUUCGCCGACUUUCUCUACCAGGCCUUCGGUCCUUUCAAGACCGGCUACGAGGGACCUCGACCUUUCGAUAUUAGUGGCACUGAACACACCACCAUCGACGGUUUCGAUUUUGACAUCGAGACUAAGUUCAAUACUAACUUGUAUGGUUAGGCGACCAGCGGCCAUAUGUCCGCAUGGUGAACCAUCUUCGCGAUCUCAUCGCUGCUGACAGCCAGAACAUUCUUCUCACUGCUGCUCCUCAAUGCCCGCAAUCCGCCCAAUAUUUCCAAAUGCAGACUAUCCUUCAGCAGGCCAAGUUCGAUAAGAUCUGGAUCCAGUUCUACAAUAACCCCUCUUGCGAGGCUUGGACCACCGGCUUCAACUACGAUGACUGGGAAAGCUUCAUCAGCGGUGGCGUUAAUAGCGCCGCUGAGCUCUUCAUCGGUCUUCCCGGUAGCGCUUCCGCCGUUGGUUUUCUCGGAAGCGGCUACAUCACAGCCUGGCAGGCUAAGAACCUGAUCUGCUCGUACAAGAAUAGGGAGCAUUUCGGCGGUGCUAUGUUAUGGGAUGCUUAUUAUGCUUCCCAGAACCAAGAUCUUGCCGGAAAGAGCUACUACAACUUGAUUUCCGAGGCGCUGAAGUGCGGUGGCUGUGAUGGAGAUGUCUGCGAGCCUGUGGUAACAAGCAGCUCGUAUACUAUCUCGUCCACCUCGUCGACCGUUAGCACCACUAGCUCUUAUACUUCCUCGACCGUCAGCGCCACAUCUACCUCGAGCUCUGCGUCCAGCACUAGCAGCAGCAUCUCUACUUCUACUCCUCGUACAGUGCUUCAACCACUUCCUCGGAAGACGAUUGCCCUCCGGAUGAGACCUCCAGCUCAUUCAUCGAGUCGUCUACUCACAGCGCCUCGUCUACUUACAGCAUCUCUUCUGCUUACAGUACCUCUUCUCCUUACAGCGCUUCAUCUAUUUAUAACACCUCAUCCGGCAGCUACCCUACCGCAUCGGUUACGACCAGUGCUUCCAACAUCGUCUCCGAGACUCGCUCCGUGAGCGCAACCUCGUCGCCUUACCCUACCGGUAGCGCUUCUACCACGGAGUACACGACGAGCACAGUUUACUCUACCACCGUCUACACAGUGACGUCGUGCGCUCCCAGCGUCACCGACUGCCCCGCCAAGGGCAGCGUCGUCACUAAGACGAUUGCUCUGUACACCACCGUGUGCCCCGUCACGGAGAUCCAGAAGCCGACGCAGACCCCGACCGCUGUUCCCUACACGAGCACCAUCUACAGCACGCGCGUCGCCACCAUCACCAAGUGCCCGCCUAGCGUGACUAACUGCCCCGUCGGCUCCGUCACCACCGAAACCAUCGCAAUCUCAACCACGAUCGUCUCUACCACUGUCGAGACAACGGCCGAGACUAAGUCCACCACUCCCGUCGUCGCGUCGUACCCAGUCGUCAGCGUCGGCAACCAAUACCACGAGGCAUCGCCGUCCAAGGACGUGCAGACCGCCGCAGUGUCCAGCUACCCCGUCGUAAACAACCCUGCUGUUC